CUUAACUAUAUCGGGACUUCGGCGGCCAGUUCCGGUUUUCUCGGUCGUCAAACCAUGCCCUCUUCGGUGUGCGCUUUCGUCGGCACGCCAGCUUCAAUGCGUCGUCCUAGUUCGCUCGUUUGGCGUCAAGGCCCGAUGCAUUUAAUCGAAGAACCUUUAUCCAGUAACCGGAUCGCAUAUAUAGCUCGAUUGGGACCGAAUUAUACAGGGAGCUUUCAGUCCCCACCACCCGUCUCGCUGGACACGGGUGUUGGUGCGUCGGAAGCUUAUCAUCCGCUGUUCGCUGAAGAGAAAUUAGUGUUCGGUGUGUACGCAUCUACCUUGUCUACCUUCACUCUUUCUCUAAUACGGAAAGUGUACAAUCAAGCGGAUGCGAAAGCCAUCGCUCGGCAGUUCUACAUUGCUCCGAAAGAGAACUCGACCCCUAUCCGUCUACUGCACAACUCGGCUGCUCACUUGCAGGGGUCUGCGCGACCGCUUGGUGCUGUUUUAGUGGGUUAUCAAGGUGUGCGCGCAUUCGCUCCAUGUCCGGUUGUCCGACAGCUCCACUGUAUAGGAGGUGGCGCUGGCGGUGUUCGUAUCGGACUUGCUCUGGUCGCUAUGGCUCAAGACGUGGAAACGCUUUACGCAGCUACAAAGGCUGCAUGCACCUUGAUCAAGUGUAGUCCGACUGCGGCGAAUGAAAUGCGUGUUACGCGUGGCUACCAAAUUUUGGCCAUGCUGUUGCGAAAAAAGCGCUCCUUGUUGACUACACGCAUACUGGAUUCAGUGCUCAGUUUGACGCUCAGUUUGGAUUCCUGGAUCGAUGCAACAUAUUCUCUAGAAAACAUAUCUCCGCUGGAUCAUCCGGCCUUCGAGGACCUCAUGUGUGAUUUAGAUCUGUGGCGUGUGGAUACUGAACGUUCGAGCAAUGCAGACACACACACAUUGCGUGGUGCACAGUUAUCGCCAACCGAUAAACGCUCCGUUACAAUGGAUAGCAUUGCAUCUAGCCAGUUGGUUGAGGUGGAUUAUCGUCUCGUAGCCAAUAUGCUUAACCAUUUGGUNGUUGAGCAACGAGACGAAACGUCCCCCGGAUGA